CAGUUAAAUUUUAUCACACCAAAUAUGACUCCAUUACUUAUUGGAGUGAUUAUAUUUGUCUUAACAUAUAAGUUCUACAAGUUUGCUCACCAUAAACUAACUCACCUCCAAGUAUAGCUUUCAACGAUGGUCCGUUCUGGCGAGAACAGAAGAGAUUCUUUCUUCGCAAUAUGCGGGAUUUUGGAUUCGGACGACGGCAAGAAGUCAUCGAGAGAGAGACUUUGGGCGAGGUGACUUUGUUACUCGAUAUCUUGAAAAACGGACCGAUUUAUGAUGGAGAGAAGCGGUAACAUCAUGCUGACUUCUGCGCAUGCCUACUAAAAAUAUAAACAUGUCUUAAAAGAUAAAACACUCGACAAUUUUGCGGAAACCUCAGUUAAAUUUCAUCACUUGCGCAAAUAUGACACCAUUAUUGAUUGCAGUCAUUAUACUUAUCUUAGUAUAUAAAUUCUACAAGUUUGCUCACCAUAAACCGCCUAACUCACCUCCAAGCAUUCCCAGAGUUCCAAUAUCAGGAUCUUACUUGCUGUUACUGUUGGGAAAUUACUUCUUCCCGUAUAAAACUAUCGAAUAUUAUGCAAAGAAGUUGAAAUCGAAUAUCAUCGGUUGUUACUUCGGCGAUUUUUGGGCAGUGGUAGUUAAUGACUAUGCCAGCAUAAAGGAGGUACUUACGAGGGAUGACUUCGACGGUCGACUUACAGAAGUCGAAAUUGUAAAAACACGAGCUUUCGGAAAGAAGUUGGGUAUAGCUUUCAACGAUGGUCCGUUCUGGCGAGAACAGAAGAGAUUCUUUCUUCGCAAUAUGCGGGAUUUUGGAUUCGGACGACGGCAAGAAGUCAUCGAGAGAGAGACUUUGGGCGAGGUGACUUUGUUACUCGAUAUCUUGAAAAACGGACCGAUUUAUGAUGGAGAGAAGGAAAUAAUAAAAGACAAUUUGGUACUCUUUCCCGACAUUCUCUAUGCGACAACAUGUAAUUCUUUUUGGGACGUUUUAUUCGGUUACAAAUUCGACAGAAGCGAACAUGAUAUUCCACGACGUGUCUGUCGCACGGGCAUACUGUUUCAUAGAUCGCUCGAUUCAACAGGCGGUGCGAUCUCCCACCUGCCUAUUUUGAGAUUCUUCGGAAACAUGUUCGGGUAUAAAAAUAUAAUGAAAGCAAGUGAUGCAUUAUCAGACAUUGCCCAGGAAUAUCUGAAAUUGCAAAAUGCCACUCACGGCGAAAAUGUCAACAGAGGAUUCGUUGACAGGUAUCUGAACGAAUUGAAGAAAGACGAGAAAUCGCAGAUCUUUUCAGAGAAGCAGUUUAUUAUUAUAGCAAACGAUAUCUUGAUUGCUGCGGGUGCUGUAGCUCCCACCGUUAUUACUAAUGCCCUCAAAUAUCUGAUGAAAUAUCCCAGAGUUUUAAAGAAAGUGCAGGAGGAGAUAGACCAGUUCGUUGGUACCGGUCGAUUAGUGACAUGGAAUGAUAGAAAAAAUUUGCCCUAUACGGAAGCAACUAUCCGAGAAGUAAUGAGAAUAUCGUCUUUGUUGCCGCUGAGUGUAAUCCAUAGAGCUGUCAAGGACACUACUCUGGGAGGGUACGCGAUACCGGCGAAUACGGCAGUUAUAACUAAUUUAGCAGCGAUGCAUCAUGAUCCUAAUUUAUGGGGUGACCCCGAGAAUUUCAGACCAGAGAGAUUCAUAAACGAAAAGGGCGAACUGACGAAAGAUAUGUCGUUGCCUUUUGGUUUUGGUCGUCGAGUUUGUCCAGGAGAAACUUACAGUAGAUACUAUAUGUUCGGGAUAUUGGCUGCCCUACUGCAAACCUUUAACUUCUUCCAAGUCGAAGGUGAACCAUCGAAACCCGAAGAUGAAUUACCAGGUCUUCUUAUAACUCCCAAGGAAUUUUGGGUACGCUACGAAUUGCGUUGAUUCGUUUCACCUUUUCACGCGAUAUUCACGUGAAAUAAAUUUUAAAUAAUCGAUUUUUACUUAAGUCUCUUGAUUCAUCGCUAUGUAACGACUAGCUUACUAAUUUUUUAACAACAAUGUCAUUAAAAGUGACAGAACCAGUAGCCUAGAUACGUAUUAUGGAAUUCUGCAGAAUCGAUUUCGAAGAAUUCCUUAAUACGUACUCAGGAGAUAUAUUCUGGAUACAUAGUGAACGGUAAAUUAUAUAUUUCUAAUUCUAAAGUUGAAAUUUAUAUACACACAUAAGUAAAAUUAAAUUUAGUAUUAAGAAAUUAUAGUUUAUUAUUUAGAUUUAAAAUAAAAUAGAAUUAAGAGAGUAUUCUAGUGUGAAGGCCUGUUUUCAAGGCGAUUUUUGGGAAUUAAUUUAAAGCAAAUGGUUAAACCUACAGAGUUAAUGUUUUGUACUGAUAUUUUUUCGUCUGUAAAGAAAUAUUUCAAAUUUUAUCAAAGCUUUUUAUUUAAAAUUGAAGAAAAUAUAAGUGGACGAAAUCACGCAGUAAAAUCGUCUUUCAUCGGGUUUGAUUACCGUCGUCCUCGUCGUCUGAAAUAAACAAAUUUGCUUUUA